UAUUUUUAGAUGGUUAAUUGCUGGGUGGAAGACCCUGUGAGGUGUACCUGAGUGAAGCCUUGAGUCUGUAAAAUAGAUCUGAGAGUGUUUGGGUUGUUGGACAUAAAAUUGAAAUUUUACCUUCAGAUUCAUCUCGCUGUGUCCCUUUUUUAAAAGCCUUAUUUGGGGUUGCUGUGUCUCAGUGAAGUGUUUGCUAUCAGAAAGAUGGCUCUCUAGUUUAGUACGGGAUCCAAAUUAGUCAUCUCAAGUAUUGUCAUUCAGAGUUCACAUCACCAUCAAAAUAAAUCUUAGCCAUGAGAGUACUUCAUAACAGGAUCACCAAGUGCUAGAGUUUAAAAUAGCUGUCAUAUGAUACCAAUAAUGACCUGGUGAAAUUUUGCAGCUCUCAGGAGCUGUACAGAAAGUAAACCAAAAUGGAGGACUGUCCUAUGUCCCUUGGUUUUAAAAACAUUUUUGUAACGAUUUUUGCUGCCUUUUUUUUCUUUAAGCUUUUAAUUAAAGUUUUUUUGGCUCUUUUAACCCAUUUCUAUAUUGUCAAGGGGAACAGAAAGGAGGCUGCCAGGAUAGCAGAAGAAAUCUAUGGAGGAGAUGAAACAGUAGAAAUGCUUAAUCUAACUGGGGAAACCAAGCAGAAGUAUGAAGUUCAAGCAGCAAUAUCCAGUGUGUGGAAAGAGAUUUCUUUCGGGGACUACAUUUGUCAUUCAAUUCAGGGAGAUUGCUGGGCUGAUCGAUCACCGCUUCAUGAAGCUGCAUCUCAAGGACGCCUGCUGUCCCUCAAAAAUUUACUUGCACAGGGAGUCAACGUGAAUCUUGUGACCAUAAAUCGGGUCUCCUCUCUCCAUGAGGCCUGCCUUGGUGGCCAUGUGGCCUGUACGAAAGUCCUACUGGACCAUGGUGCUUAUGUCAAUGGAGUCACUGUGCAUGGAGUCACACCUCUCUUUAAUGCAUGCUCUAGUGGAAGUGCAGCUUGUGUCCACUUGCUGCUCGAAUAUGGAGCCAAGCCACAGCUAGCUGAUCACCUGGCUUCACCCCUCCAUGAGGCAGUGAAGAGAGGUCACAGAGAUUGCAUGGAGAUUCUGCUGGACAAUGAUGUCAAUAUUGACCAGGAAGCCCCUCUCCAUGGCACUCCGCUCUAUGUGGCCUGCACUUACCAGAGGACAGACUGUGUCCGGAAGCUACUGGAGCUAGGAGCCAACGUGGACUUAGGCAAAUGGUUGGAUACUCCCCUCCAUGCUGCGGCCAGACAGUCCAGUGCCGAAGUCAUCCACCUGCUGACAGAUUACGGGGCCAGUUUGAAAUAUAGAAACUCUCAAGGAAAACGUGCUGUCGACCUGGCAACUCCUCAAAGCAGCGUGGAACAGGCCCUCCUGCUUCGGGAAGAAUGUACAAUGGAUGGGCAAGGAGCAACUGAAAAUGCCGGCAAGUUCCAGGGGCAGGGGGAACAGACUGAGACCCAACUUCUCCCAAGCCCAUUGAUGAGUGAUUUUGUAUGUGACUGGUCUCCCAUGCACGAGGCUUCCAUUCACGGUCGACUACUUUCUUUGAAGAAACUCAUCAGCCAGGGCAGUGGGGUAAACCUCAUUACAGCUGACCGCGUGUCUCCCCUUCAUGAAGCCUGUCUCGGUGGCCAUCCUGCUUGUGCUGAUGUCUUACUAAAACAUGGGGCCCAGGUGAAUGGCGUGACUAUCGACUGGCACACUCCUUUGUUCAAUGCCUGUGUCAGUGGCAGUGUGGACUGCCUGAAUCUCUUAUUGCAGCAUGGAGCCAGCCCUCAAGCAGUAUGUGAUCUGGCCUCACCUAUCCACGAAGCUGCUAAAAGAGGACAUGUGGCAUGUGUGGAGUCCCUAACAUCUUAUGGAGUGAAUAUAGAUCACGAUAUCAAACACCUAGGGACUCCACUUUAUGUGGCUUGUGAGAAUCAGCAGAUAGCCUGUGCCAAGAAGCUACUUGAAUCAGGAGCGAGUGCUAAUGGAGGCAGAGGUCUGGAUUCUCCUCUUCACUUGGCUGUCAGGAAUUCCAACACAGAUCUGGUUCACUUGCUGAUGGACUUCGGAGCAGACACGCAGUCCAAGAACGUAGAAGGCAAACGGCCAUUGGAGUUGGUUCCCCCAAGGAGCUCUCUGACCCACCUCUUUUCCCAGUUAGGAGGGCCCCUGUCCUUGCUCCAGUUAUGCCGCCUGUGCAUUAGGAAGUGCUUUGGGAUCAAACAGCAUCACAGGAUAACUGAACUCCUGCUACCAGAGGAGCUGAAACGAUUUCUCUUGCACAUUUCUUAGCCUGAAGGUACACCGCGGGAACAUUAAAAAGGCAAUUUUUCAAA